UGAUUUACGUACGUUCAUACAUACAUGUAUGCACAUUCAAAUAAGAAUGAUAUAUAACUUUGCGCUUUAACUUUAGACAUUCAAAUGUGAAAACUAAAGAAAGUGCUUCGAAUAACAAGAACGUUAAAAAUGCGCCAGAAACUUUGUCGCUGCGAGUCUAUAUAAAAACCUGGCAUCAACAGAUAUCUGGUUUAGUCGAGAAUAUUGAGCUAAUCAGUAAUUUUUUAGGGCAACAAAAUUGAGGAGGAAACAGUCAUGUUUUUUUCGGUGUGCUAUUUUAUAAUCGGAAUUGGCUUUGUAUCAAUAGUGAUUUCUUACGUAUUAAUAAUUGUUAAGUGCAAGCAAAAAGCCACUGUUCGAAUCGGGCUUUCCAAUCCUGAAAAGGAAAUUCGAAAGUUUGUUCAGGCUCCUGGUCCGCAACCAUGGCCAAUUAUCGGGAACCUCGAUCUAUUAGGUCGAUUUAAAUGCAACCCUUUCGAGGGUCUUGGAGCAUUAACACAACAAUACGGUGAUAUAUAUUCAUUGACUCUUGGUCACUCCAGAUGCUUGGUAGUAAAUAGCUUAGAUUUAAUUCGAGAAGUUCUUAAUAAAAAUGGUAAAUUUAUUGGUGGACGUCCGGAUUUUAUACGAUAUCAUAAACUCUUUGGAGGCGACCGAAACAAUUCACUCGCACUAUGCGACUGGUCACACUUGCAACAAAAACGGAGAAACUUAGCUCGACGGCAUUGUUCUCCGCGGGAAUCGUCUCCAUAUUUUAAUAAAAUGUCUCAAAUCGGCUGUAAUGAGAUCAACCACUUAAUGCGUGAGCUAAAUAAAGCCCAACCAGGAAAACCCUAUGAUAUUAAAAAAUUAGUUCUUGGAGCUAGCGCCAAUAUGUUUUGCGAAUAUAUGUGCUCGAUAAGGUUUGAUUAUAGUGACAAGGAAUUUCGUCGAAUAGUGAGAUACUUUGACGAAAUUUUUUGGGAAAUUAACCAAGGAUAUUCGUUAGAUUUCCUACCAUGGAUGCUACCGUUUUAUAAGAAACAUACCCAAAAAAUCAUGAAAUGGUCUACAACAAUACGUAAAUUUAUUUUGGAUAGGGUUAUUCAUCAACGAGAGCAAAUGCUCGAUUUAGACGAACCAGAAAACGACUUUACAGAUGCCUUGCUGAGAAGCCUUAAAGAAGACCUGGAUGUAUCACGUAACACGAUUAUAUUUAUGCUGGAAGAUUUUAUCGGUGGCCAUUCGGCUGUCGGAAAUCUGGUUAUGUUAGCACUUGCUUACAUAGCCAAAAAUCCUACAAUUGGACGUAGAAUUCAACAUGAAGCUGAUAUCGUCUCAAAUAAAGGGAGUCGCUUAAUAAACCUUCAUGACAUGGAAGCAAUGCCCUAUACAAUGGCUACCAUUUUUGAGGUCCUCCGAUAUUCCUCAUCUCCCAUUGUUCCCCAUGUCGCAAUGGAAGAUACAGCUAUUGCUGGAUUUGGCGUCACUAAAGGAACAAUCAUUUUUAUUAAUAACUAUAUGCUAAACAUGAGUGAAAAGUAUUGGAACUCUCCCGAUCAUUUUGAACCAAAAAGAUUUCUGGAUGAAACUAAUAAAAAGAACACCUGGAAAACUGUAAAAUGUAAUGACCAUAGACGCAGUUCUGAGGCGUCUGACUCCGGCAUAGAGUUCGAAAAAGAAAUGGAUGUGCACCCAAUAACUAUUGAUAAGUUUUCUAGUACAAAAAACUAUAAAAAAUACAAAAAAAUAUCUACAGAGAUGUGUGGAUACCAAUUGAAAAAAAAUAUUCCUCACUUCCUCCCUUUUAGUAUAGGCAAGCGCACGUGCAUAGGACAAAAUCUGGUGCGGGGAUUUGGGUUCGUUUUAUUAGCAAAUAUAGUGCAGUCUUACAACGUUACCAGUGCUGAUAUAUCCGAAAUUAACAUUAAGCAGGCCAGUGUGGCCUUGCCGGCCAACUGUUUUCCCCUAGUAUUGUGGCCAAGAACAUAAUAGCAUUGAAAAGACUCGUGCCCAACAGACAUACAUAUAUACAUA